AUGCUCCUUCUCCCCAAUCUAUUUAUUGUGUCCGGAUUCAGUCUAGUUCGGCCAGCUGUUUACACUGGUUAUGCUGAUGAGGCUCCCGAAAUUGCAUCAUUUUAUCAUAAUUUCCGCCGCACUCACGGUUUGUACGGUACCCCGGUGAACUAUGUGUUUGUGCGAGAAAUGCGACCAACUUUGGUAUCUACAAGAGCCAAAUACGGUUACGGACCAAAGCACGCGUACCUGUCGAAACCGAAAGUUGAGUACACAGUGAUCACUCGACUGGUGCAAGAAUUGCGAAUUCCUGUUCCAAUAAAGAAGUACGGUUUAGCACCGAAGAUCGGUCGGAACUACAAAUUCGAGCGACCGGGGUACGAAGAACAGAAGUACCGUCCGUUUGAAAGAAGACCGCACCACCAUCACUUCUAUUAUCAGCAUGAUGAUUACCGAGAGCGGGAACCUGGGAGAUUUUGA